AUGUUUAAAAGGUUGGAAACGUUACCGUUUAAUCGUUCAAAAUUAGAAGGUGGAUAUACAGGAAUAAAUGAGGCUACAUCAUUUAUUGACGCGUCUACAAUUUAUGGUAACAAUGAAAUUGAUUUGCAGCGAGUUAGAGAUUAUGGUAAUAAUGGGAAAAUGCGUUUGGAAAAAUUGCCCGGUGAUGAAUUUGGAUUUCCAUUUGUUGAAGAGAACGGAAGAUACAUAUUAGGAUAUAGCGCGGAUUUUAGAAUUAUUUUUACUGAUUUGUUUCAUGUAAUUUUCCUACGUGAACAUAAUCGGUUGUGUGAUGAAUUUUUUGCCAUUCAUGGAAAUGAUUGGAGCGAUGAACAAUAUUUCCAGGAAGCUAGAAGAUGGGUUAUCGCUUUUAUUCAAAAGAUUACUUAUUAUGAAUAUCUCGGAACUGCGUUGGGGAUUCCUUUGCCCAAAUAUGAGGGAUAUAAACCAGAUCUUAAACCGGUAAUCGAUACUUUCUUUGCUACCGUAACUUAUCGUUAUGAUCGUGGCAUUCCUUUAUAUAAUGAUGCAAGAGCAGCAUUUGGCUUACCAAAAAAAACAUCAUGGGCAGAUAUCUCGAGCGAUCCUGAUGUACAAAAAAGAUUAGAAGAUACCUAUGGAACCGUAGAUCGAGUUGAGGCAUUAAUGGGUGGAUUAGCUGAAGAUCAUAUUAAUGGAGGAAAUUACGGAGAAUUAUUUUAUAAAAGCUUUUCAGAACAAUGGUUAAAUAUUAGAGAUUCUGACAGAUUUUGGUAUGAAAAUAAAGAUGCAGGAAUAGGCAUAAUAAUAUUUACUAUUACAAUAAUACAAAUUUCCUUGGGUAUGAUGGCGAUUUGGGGAUUGGCUAAUGUUGAAUCAGCAGCAACGGGAAUUGUUCGUAAUUUAAAGCACUUACACUUUUACUUGGGAGGCGCACUACUUUUAGCUGCGUGGAUUAAUAUAUUCUUCGGCUUGAGUGUAUAUGGAGCGAAUAAGGCAUUCAUUUGGGCUUAUAUAGUUUGGUUGGUUUUUAUUGGAUUUGCAAUAACCGCAAGUGAAUUUUAUUAUAAAAUCAAAAAUAUGCAAUUCUUGUGGCCGGUAAGGUUUACGGAAGAUUCGACAAAACGGAUUCAAAAUUGUAUCCCUGAGGAAGUUUUUGAAAGUUUACCUGUCAUUACUUGGGAUGAAUUUAAUAAUAGAGUAAUGACGGGAGCUAAUUUAGUUAUAGCAGAGGGAUUAGUAUUUGAUAUACAUCGAUGGAUUCCAGUACAUCCGGGAGGACAAAGGAUAUUAAGAAGAGUAGUUGGUACUGAUAUUACACAAGAUUUUUUCUUUGAUCCUACAGAUCAAAUAGUUAUCAGCACUGAUAUUAAAGUUGAAUAUAGUGAUGUUCAACAACCCAAUAUCUCGGAUAAUACAUAUAAUGAAAGAUCGAAAUAUGAUUCCAAAAAGAAGAAAAAAAGACCUCAUAGUAUAGCAAAUGCUAUUGACAUGGUUAAUGCCAAAACAUAUAAGGAUCGUAGAGUUGCGAUGCAUCGUCAUUCAAAAUUUGCUACGUCUAAAUUAGCUAGCAUGGUAAUUGCCAGGUUAAGCAACUCGGCAAUUACAGAUACAAUUAAACAAAACCCGAUGAGAAGUUUUGAAAUAAAUAAUGAAAAGAUAACACAACCAUUAUCAAGUUCUCAAAUUUUCCGAAGAUAUAUUUUAAUUAAUAUCGAACUUGUAACUAGACACAAUGCCGCAAAUCCUGUUAAAAAAUUUACAUUUCAAGUUAUACAUCAAAAAGACAAAUUACCGAGAUUUCUUCCCGGAGAUUAUAUUGAAAUCAUGAGUUUUACUAAUAAUCAAGUGAUUACUAGACUAUAUACUCCAAUUCAGGGACCAACUGACAAUAGUUUCUGUAUAUUGGUUAAAAUAUAUAAAGAUGGUAUCAUGUCUCAACAUUUAAAUAAACAAUUAAAAAAUUUUGAGAUUAAGGUGAGGGGACCAUUUGAUAUAGCAAAUCGAAUGGUGCUGCCAAUAUUAGAAACCAACAUAUUAACUAGACCUUCAUCACCCUCACUUGGAGAAACUAAUAAAAAUCUUAGUAUUUACGAUUUGAGAAAAUCACACAGUAUCGCUACAUAUUUACAACAGAAUGGUAUAGUAAAUACAUUAUAUAAUAGUGAUGUUGAUAAUAAUAAUUUACUUGAAGGUAGAAGUGGAAUAUUAUUAAAUAAGGAAAGAGAAGAUUUAUGUUGGGAUUAUUUGUUUAUGGUUUGUUGUGGUACUGGAAUUGCUCCAAUGUUGCAAUUGAUACAAUAUCAUAUGGAAAAAGCGGCAUCUUCAGGUUCCGAUUUCAAAUUAUUUUUAUUAAUAGCAAAUGGUACCAUAGCAGAUUUAAUAUAUCCAAAAUAUUUGGACUAUAUAUGUCAAAUACUUAAAGGGAAACUUAACAUUACUUAUGUUUUAUCAAAACCUCCACAAAUUUGGAAAGGACUCUGCGGAACAAUUGAUGAUACAAAAUUAUAUAAUUGGAUGAGUCAAAAUUAUUCUCCUACAAUUACACCAAGAAUAAAUAAUUUUAACGGUGAAAAUAGUAUUCAAGACUCUAGCCCCAAGUAUGAAAAGUUUGAAGAACGUGAUCAAUUGGCUAGAAAUAGUCAACAAAUGGCAUAUAACAAAAGAGCAUCAUCACCUUUAAGCAUUUCUUCAUCACAAACGAACGAAAUGAAUGAAAGACAAAAUUAUAUAAGAUUAUUUACUAUGGAUAAUUCUAAACGAGUUAAAGUAAUUAUUUGUGGUACCGAUCAAUUUAAUGAGAGCAUUAAAAAAUCUUUGGAAAGGUUAGGUUUCCCUAUUGAUGAAAAAGCUUUAUUCAUGAACUAA